AUGACCAAGACAUAUGGAAUCGAGAAAAAAUCAAUCUUGGAUAAUCUACAAGUGAAUUUGAAUGGACUCAAAGGAAUUAUGUCACAAAAAGAACUUAACAUCUUACUCAAUAUCAAUGAUCUCACCAAAGACAUGUCAAACCAAGUUUCAUACUCGACCUGGGCCAAUACUCUUCUUCCAAUAUUCUCCAGCUUACCACCCAUGACUGCCAAGGUUCUGGAGGACAUAUUCUACGAUUGUUCAUAUCCAAUUCUGGUCCAAAAAGUUUACAAAUCUAAAAAGGAGUUAAAGAUGAACGAUUUUCAGGAAAUUGUCAAGCAUAAAUUUCUCUCUGAUGAUGUCAUUCAAAAGGCAAACUCUCUCUCAGAGGCUCAGGCAAUCGGGAUCAUCGAAGAUGAGAAAAAACUCAUGAUCUCUAUGUUGAGAGACGGCCAUGUUACUGAUUUCUUGAAUUCAAAAGUCGGUAAACUUAUCAAGAAGUUUCUAAAAUAG